AUGAAAUAUCUGUACUUGAAAUUGUUAAAUGUGAAGAGAGUUUUUGGCUUUACUCACAGAAAGUUGUUAAUGUCGUUAGGAAAGAGAAUUAAGGGAAAAAGAUUCAUGAACAUAUUAAGAUACACGUCAUUCUUCGAAAUUUUAGAAAACGCUGAAUCUAUUAAUUCUAUAUACCCACGGGUGUAUAUCAAAUUUGAGGACAUAAUGAUGUUCUCUAAUGUGUUCCAUAAAUUUAAAUUUCCUAUUAUAAGAUACACUUCCAGUCAAGAAACGGUGCGAACGAUGUUGAACAAUUUCAAGCUGUCUCCCAACACUUCAAUAAAUAAUGAAAGAAUUAUGCUGCGAAUUUACAAAAUUAUCACUUUAAUAAUAAAGAAAAAGUAUAAUUACGAUUUAAAUGAACUCAGGAAAGACAAAAAAUACUUCCAUGUGUAUGAACAAAAUAAAAGUGAACAUAUUCUAAAUGAUAUAAAGAUUAAGCCAAUAGUGGAUCAGUACCUAUCUCAGCUAAUUGGAUUCAUAAAGAUGUUAACAGAUAUGAGAUUUACCAACUUUUUUUUUUUGAGAAAUUUUUACAUCUUCAUAAAAUUCUAUGCAGUAACGGGAGAUUUAGAUUAUUCUACGAACAGCUCACUCUUCUACCUGGCUAGCAGAAAUUACUUAAACUUCAUCCUUAACUCUAUCAUCGAAUUUGAGAACUUUAAAAAGUUUAUGGAGAAAAUAAAAAGAAACAACAACAUCAAGAAGUACCCGAUCGACCAUUUCAACUUCUACACGGAAUGCUACGCAGUGGAUGACAUCAAAACGUAUGUCUUUAUCCCAGAAGAUAAAGAAAAAUUAAACAAAUACUAUCAAAUUAUGGCGUAUGACAUUAACAGCUUUUACAAGAACUACUUAUUAAUAGAUCUAUUUUACGACGACUUAGAUAUAAAAAAUUUAGACACCUAUUACCAAAAAAUUGAGAAUGCUACUGAUUACAAUAUCGGUCCCACGUCAGACAUAUACAUCCCUGGUGGAAGAAAAAGAAAUCGAGUCAUUCCAAACAGCGAGGUUGAGACGCUAAACAAAACGGUGCAGAAUUAUAUUUAUCUUGAAAAAUUUCUGGACAGGACUAACAUCCCAUCCAUCCCAUUUGUCGAUUUUAACAUCGUGCAAGACAUAAAUGGAGUCAGUUUUAAUUUCACCAACAGAGCUACGACCCCACCUUUUUAUAAAGAAAAUAUUCUAGACCAAUUUGAUAUUAUCGGAAAAUCUAUCGUAGGAAAAUAUUACCAAAAGGUUAAGUGCUCUUUUGUCACCUACCCUUUUAAUUUGUACUACUGGUUCGUCUUGAAUCCAGGCAAACCUCGCGUAGAAACGGUAGGUAAAGUCGGACUGAUCAAAGAAUCAGAUUUAAUGUCCAAAACGGAUGAAGAAAAAGAGUUAGAACUGCAAAAGUUAGAUGAACAACUAGUAGAGGAUCUCUUUAAGGAAGAAGUGGAAGAGGAAGAAGAUAUCAUGGAAGAAGAUGACGAAAGUUUGGACGAUACAUCCACAUCGGAAACAGGUAUCUCAGAGUUAGAAUUCGAGGAUGAUCUUACGCAGGUUGGAAAGGAUUCCAAGACGGAUGAAGACUCCCUGUCCUAUGUGAGCGCCGCGUCUGAUUUGUCCACCGGAUCGUUCGAAAGCGUCGCCAGUGAGGCCUCCAAUGCGUCCACCGUUAUUCCCGGAAGUGCCGCCUCCAAUGCGUCCACCGCUACUCUCGGAAGUGCCACCUCCAAUGCGUCCACCGCUACUCUCGGAAGUGCUACCUCCAACGAGUCCACCGCAACCCUCCAAAGUGACACAUCCAGCGGAAGCACCAUCUCAGGAUCGACAACAUCGGUCAACUUCCUACAAACGGCCAACAAGAAAAACAGUGAUUGGGAGAAAGGAAUUUUCCAAGCAGCAAAAGAAUCAGAAAAGAGAAACAAGUCCAAACAAACAAACGGUCUAAGCUUCCUGCAAAAAAGUGUAAUGAAUCCACUCCCAUUUGUCGACACCAUGAUAGAUGAAAGAAAUAGCAACAUGAAUAAAGAAAACUAUGGAUAUUUUAACAGACCAUACAACAUGUAUGUUAAUAAGACAAACAUAUUAAGAAACUUCAGCGUGAUAAUGAAAAUUGUGCAUACCAUAAUUUCGUUAAACAAAUUUUCUGUUGUUUCUCCGGUGGAGAUAAUCAAAAAGGGGCUCAGCAUUAUGAAGGGGAAAAAUAAAUUUAUAAAGAACCACCAUUUGAAUCCAUUUAUCAACAAAAUGCUGCUCGAUAUUAACGAAGUGGUGCAGAAGCUUAAGUCAAGUAGCGAAAAAGGAUUUAUAGGAUCCAGAACGGAUAUAAUAUCGCUAUACAGAAUAGUAGAGUUUCAGCUAUUCAACGAAUUUUUAAUUUAUCCACCACUGAAAAGAUUGACAGACAGGGAACUCCGUUAUGUGUUACAAGUUAUUAACGAAGGUUAUGCUUUCCACAUAAUGAAAGUAAAGUCCAAGUUAAAUAGAGAACUUGUCGUGAAGGAAAAAAUUGUGCGUCUUCUAAACACACUUAAAGAGUACAGAAAUCUAUUUGAUGAUACAGCCAUAGAUCGACUAGUGCAGAUGUUCCAAGAAUCACUAGAUUGUAAAGAUAUAAAAUGCUUCGACCUCCUCUUCAAUAACUUCAUUACAUAUCAUUACAAUAACAUAAUAAUGCGCGUAACGAAUAAAAGUGAAACAUUUAAUGUACUAGGAGAAAUAUUUAAAAACCCCGCAGCAUUGUCGGAGGUACGCGUACAGGUACAUGAGACUUAUAUCGAACCAUCCAGAGGACAAAAUGCGUAUGAAAAUUUUCAGAUAGAAAGUAAUGUCGUUUUACAUCCCAGAUUAACAUAUAACGAAUUACUAUUCAGUUCACUUGAAUUAUCUAAAAAAAUAGAAAUAUGGAAUUCUAU